AUGACGGUGGGUAAACUAAUGAUUGGCUUACUUAUCCCGAUAAUCGUCGCAGCUACCAACGCCGAGGUACGUUCGUGUUUAUUCUUUCUAAAUUCUAUCAUCGAAACUCGAUGAUUCGGAACAUUGUAAUGGGGACAGCAAAUCGAUAGUAACAGGCGACCUAUCAUAUGACUAGCAUCAGAGAAUAGUUCGAUUUGAUAAGGUGUUAGUUCGCGUGUGACAAGUUGCGAUGCAUGAUCACUGGGGAAUUGGAUAUGAGCACGAGGAGUAAAGGUCGCAACAAUUUUUCAAGCGAGCGUGUGCCUUGGCUGCUACAAGAUUGAAUAGCGUAAAAGAUCAGUUGCACUUGCUUGCUUCCAAGGGAUUUGAUGGUUGUCUGCAAAGCUCUUGUUAGUGCGAACUUGAGCCGGGGAAGGGUGGGAGGGUGUAUACAGAGCAACUAGUGAGUUACGAAUAAUUAGAUUUCCAAUCAAGCGCCGAGAAACCUAUCAAAACUCAAUCAACGCUUUCGAGCACCUUUUUGAGUGCUCUUAUCGUAUGUUUUUGCAGGGUUCACCAGCGGGCAGCAAACGACAUGAGAAGUUCAUUCCGAUGGUCGCUUUCUCGUGCGGAUACCGCAACCAGUACAUGACCGAGGAAGGCACCUGGAAGACCGACGAUGAACGAUACGCCACUUGUUUCUCUGGCAAACUUGACAUCCUCAAGUACUGCCGCAAGGUAAAUUUGGGGGUUGGGACAGGGAAAGGAUUGAUCUUUGACAACAAAGAGUGGAAGCACUAAAUUCCCCUGGGAAAAGUUAUAAAAAGAAAGAGAAACUAAAUAGCGCGAGCAAGCAAGUUGAAUUGUUUCCUUUGCCACUAAUUUGAAGUUGCUUCCCUUUUCCUUUUUGUCUUAGAUGAGGACGCGCACCAAACAGGCCGUCAAAUGGGAUUUCGAUUAGAACCAGAAACAAACACUGCCAAGCUGAUGAACUUUUUGUUUAGACAUACAUGUAGCUCUUUGACCGCCCAACUAAUCCUUCAGGGAUCUUUUGUUCGGCAGUUAUUGUUCACAAAACAAAACAUACACAUAUAGCGGAAGAGCCCAUACAUUUUGCGCGUGCUUUUCGAGAGGCACAAAUUUGAGUAAGGACCACCCGUUGGGUAGUCCCAUGGGACGGUGAACUUGAACACGCGACUCGUCCCUAAGCGCGAGUUUCGGAAGUCGGUUGUACAAAUAUCUUAAAGGGAUGAGAACAAAUUGCAUCUUUUUUCCAGGCCUAUCCAUCCAUGAAUAUCACCAACAUUGUCGAGUAUUCGCACGAAGUGAGCAUCUCCAACUGGUGCCGCGAGGAGGGAUUCCCGUGCAAAUGGACGCACAGUGUCCGACCGUACCACUGCAUUGGUGAGUCAUCCAUCCAUCAUCCGAUGCAAUCCAUCAAAUUCACCGUCGGCGGCUAAUCCGGCUUGCUGAUGGCUUGAGAAAACCGCAAAAAGAGGAACACGAUUAGUUUUUUCAGCAAAGCUCUGUGCGCAAAAUAAAGAAUUUCCGGUUUGAAUCAAUCUCCAGUGAAGGAGAAAAUUGUCGCGUGUGGCGGCAAACCGCAAAACAGGAACUAGGGCUAAUGGGUUCAUCUUUCAGACGGAGAGUUUCAUUCGGAAGCUCUUCAAGUCCCGCACGACUGCCAGUUCUCGCACGUCAACGCGCGCGACCAAUGCAACGAUUAUCAGCACUGGAAGGACGAGGCCACCAAUCAGUGCUCGAACAAGAAGACCAAGGAGAACAAGGCAAUGAUCGUCAGAUCGUUUGCCGUUCUUGAGCCAUGCGCUCUCGACUUGUUCACCGGAGUCGAGUUUGUCUGCUGCCCCAACGACCGUGAGUUAGACAUGUUCAGAAAUCAGAGAGUGUAGUCAGCUAAUUCCAUGACAACCACUAAGCAAUGAGAGGGAUUAGCGGAAACAAAUCAUCCGUCUUUUUUUGCAGAAACGAACAAGACUGAUGGCCGUAAGGUUGACGAGGAAGACGAUGAUGACGACGACGACGACGCUUAUGAGGACGACUACUCGGAAGAAUGUAGGGGAUCCUUCGGGAAGUAUCUGUACAAUGUGCAUACACUUUCAGCCGACGAGAAGGAAGAGGAGGACUCCAACGCCCAGGACCCGUACUUUAAGAUCGCCAACUGGACCAACGAGCACGAUGACUUCAAGAAGGCCGAGCUCCGCAUGGACUCGAAGCACAGAAAGAAGGUCGACAAGGUAUGGUCAAACAAACUUAGAAUGCUAUCAAUAACACUUCGAUAAUCAUUCCGAUUAUAGCCCACACAGAUAAUCGCAAAGAUUAUUUUCUAUUCUAAAUCCGUAAGAUUAGGCAAUCACUUAAAUUGAUUCGGUCGGUCCCAUCAGCUGUUUGAUGACCGUUUUCACGUCAUAAGACAAGUGCAUCAGUUAGCUGUCUAAUAACAUCAAUGUUAACCUUGUGAUAAGGCCCAAACACCAAUAAUACGUUAAAUGAACAAUUUUCAGGUUAUGAAGGAGUGGGGAGAGUUGGAGACCAGAUACAACGAGAUGAAGGCCAAGGAUCCGAAGGGAGCCGAGAAGUUCAAGACCCAGAUGAAUGCUCGUUUCCAGAAGGUAGAGCACAGUCGAGUUGAGUCACGAUUCAAAUGUAUAUUUUUAGACUGUUUCCUCGCUUGAGGAGGAGCACAAGAGAAUGAGAAAGGAGAUUGAAGCUGUUCACGAGGAACGCGUCCAGGCUCUGCUCAACGAGAAGAAGAGAGACGUAGGGAACAAUUAUUAGUUCUAUAAUAAUCGCAAAAUUGAUUCAGGCUACCCAUGAGUACCGCCAAGCACUGGCCACUCACGUCAACAAGCCGAACAAGCAUUCCGUUCUGCAGUCCCUGAAGGCUUAUAUCCGUGCUGAGGAGAAGGACCGCAUGCACACCAUGAACAGAUACCGUCAUUUGCUGAAGGUUGAUGUCAAGGAGGCUGCCAACUACAAGCCAACCGUCAUCCACAGACUGCGGUAGGUAACACUUCAAAAGAUCAUUCAGUGAACCUUGCGAUUACAGCUACAUCGACCUCCGUAUCAACGGUACUUUGGCUAUGCUCCGUGACUUCCCUGACCUCGAGAAAUACGUCCGGCCAAUUGCUGUCACCUACUGGCAGGACUACAGAGAGGAAGUUUCCCCAGACAUUGACAUCCAGGACAACGAGGUUCUCCCGCCAUUCCACGAGGAAGACUUCAACAAGGAGUACGUCCGAUUUCAGAUAAUACCAGCAACAUACAUAUCAUUUUCAGUGCCAAGCUUGACGUCAAGGCCCCAGCCACCACUGUCAAGCCGAAGGAGACUGAUAACGCCAAGGUUCUCCCAACUGAGGGUUCCGACUCUGAGGAGGACGCUGAUGAGUACUAUGAAGAUGAGGACGACGAGCAGAUAAAGAAAACCUCCGAUAUGAAGAAGAAGGUCAAGGUCAUUGAUAUUCAGCCAAAGGAGGUAUGUAUGCGUGUUGCUUUGAUGAAAUUCGUAUGGAAGCCAUUUCAGAUCAAGGUCACCAUCGAGCAAGACGAGAAGAAGUACAAGGCCCCGAAACUUGUGGAGACCUCUGUUCAAACUGAUGACGACGAGGGUGAUGAUGAUGACGAUGACUCCUCUUCCUCUUCCUCUGAUUCUGAUGAGGAUGAUGACGUAGGAAGACUAAAAAAUUAACAAAUUAAAAUUGAGAGUUUUCAGAAGAACAUCAAGGAACUCCGUGUUGACAUUGAGCCGAUCAUUGACGAGCCGGCCUCUUUCUACCGCCACGACAAGCUCAUUCAGCACGCCGACAUUUCCCGUUCAGGCUCAUAUGUCUUCCAGCCGUACGUGCUCGCCUCCGCCAUGGUCAUCACCGCCAUCUGCAUCAUUGCCUUCGCGAUCAACAACGCUCGCCGUCGUCGUGCGAUGCGCGGAUUCAUCGAGGUCGACGUCUACACUCCGGAAGAGCGUCACGUCGCCGGAAUGCAGGUCAACGGCUACGAGAACCCGACCUAUUCGUUCUUCGACUCCAAAGCCUAA